AUGUACAGGCAUCCCAUUCGCUCCAACGGUUGCAAGCACAAUUUGGAAGGCAGCCUUUUCGAAGACCAAUCAGUUGCACUCCCUCGCCUUGACUUCGAAUGUGAAAGCAAAUACCAUGCGAGGGUGGUGGCGCCUGAUAUUCGAUCGUGUCGGGCAGCAGAUAGGGACGCCCAACCACCACUCCUUUAUGCAAAAUCUGCGCGCGUCUACGUGUACGCGAGUGUUGAGGCACACAGCAGUGGUCAGUGUGUCGUGGGUAGUGGGCAGCGGGUAGGUGGAGGCGGAUGGGCAAUGGGAGAUGGGUGACACGUGUACCACCGCUCUCAGCCCCCACACUUCAGCUGGUGUGUGCAUUUGGCGACUGUAAAUCACGGCAUGCACCAUGACGUGCACAACCUCACAUUUCGCCCUCCUCUUUGCCACACUGGUGCUGCUGUUGAUGCCACUGCCGCUGCCUCCUGCACACCACUAUCGCAUCACCACAUGGCCUUGGACCAGCCAAAAUGCACGACAACAGCUGUGCUGCAUUCCACCUCACAGCAUUUCCACUUCCAUGUGCUUCUCGCUUCAAGUCAUGCAUGCACUUACUACUCUCCCACUGUAUUUCAGUGCGAGGGCAUCGUGCGCACCCACCAUUCCACCGCCAUCAGUCUGCAGAAGAUGGCGCGACCUCCAUGA